AUGUACGAAGGGAUUGACAACCUCAAAUCCCUUUACGACCGUGCCGGGAAGACUUUCUCCGGCGGUCCUUCUGCGGCACAGGAUGUGCCGCGUCGUACUGCUCAACCAGACCCAGUACGUCGAUCAUCAGUUGGGAGCGGGGCUCCCAAGAAUCCCAGGACGGGGGAUAGCCGCGCCACCGGACGAGAUAACUCGUCCGACGUCCGUUCACGUCGCGGUGGUUCAACAGCUGCUCAACUAGAUAGCGCUGGCCACCGCGAGAGUCCUCUAAUGGAGGUGGAGGAGGAGGAAAGACGCUCUCCACACGAUCAUGGGUAUCCGUGUGUUCCCGAGAGCUUCAUUGAUCGCGUAACGCAAGGGUUACGCGACGAUCUCGAACAUGAGCGGGACAGGCGUCUCCAACUGGCGGACGCUGUCUUGAAGCAUCGAGCUGAGUUUGCCUUUGCUCAGCUUUAG